AGAAUGAGAGAGGCAAUGUGGGGGAAGUAGUGGGCGGGAAAGCAUGCACAUGUGGUGUUUGUUGUAUGCAAUGGGAGCCUGAAGAGAAGUGACACUCACCACAUCAAGAAGGGGAUGAAUGGAAACCGGUUUAGCUUUGUUUUGGGAGAGGCAGCUGCCAGAGUCAUUGUAGGAAAAAUAAAGGAUACCUCGAAUUAAACGACAGCUUUCAGCCAACAUUCACACUGUGAUUGCUAUUAUAUCUGUCCACAAAGGUACAUGUACCACUUGUAUGUAUAGAUAUUAAAAUAAAAAUAACCAUUUUCGAUAUUAUGAAGUUAGUGGCUAUCUACUGAGUAUAUAACAAAAUAUAUUUCGAACUUGAUAUAUAAAAUACUAACACAACAAAAGGACUUGUGUAUUUAUACUGUAUAUAAAUUUUUUUAAUGAAAUGAAAUAAGGAAACAAAUCAAAAGAAAAGAGAGAGAGAGAGAGGCAAAAUUUUGAUAAAACGAUUAGGAAAAAGAAGUGUAAACCGGACACACUAGCAGUCCAAACAACAGGAAACUAAGUGUCGACAAAGGCCAGAUUUGGCUUGUUUAGGUUGGUAAGAAGUUUUUACUCUUCCAUCAGCAACAUCACCAGCACUGUUUUGGACAAAUAUACUAUCCCAUUCACCAUCACCACACCACUGUUAUCAUGCAAGCAAUGACAAGUCCUACAGUAACAACACCGUCUCUGAACACGAAGCACAGUAGUGGUGAUUUACACAGUCGCUUAAAAUCCAGAAAACUUCUUGGUGUUGGAGAAACUGAUGAUGGCGACAUCCAUCGUUCAAAGCUCAGUCAGAUUUUGGGCCACAGUGACCAGUUAUAUGUUCGGCUCCCUAGUGGAUUGCGGGUUUGGCAAUUUACCUUGGCUUUGGUGUUUACUGUGAUUGCUGUGUGGGCUUUGGUAUUCCCUCAACACUUGUAUGAAACAGCUUUCGAAGCAGUUGAAGGACAAUGUCUCACUCUCCCUGUGAGGUUUUAUGGCGCAGCUUUACUAAGUUUAUCCUGGCUUUUCUGGAGUACACUUCAUGCUAUUGAUCGAGAUGUGAUCAAGACAGCCCUUAUCACCAGCAUCCUCUAUUUCUUUGCUCAUGUCCUUGUGAUUGCUUUUGGAUUGCUGAAAACUCUGCUGGUUUCCCAAAACUAUGGAACAGUCAUUGGUAGUGUGUUCUUUGCUCUGGUAUCUCUUCACUUUUACUGGUCAUUGUCAGGUUGUUCUGGUUCUGCUAGGAAUUCCCAAAACUCCAACAUAACAAGCACUGGUGUUGAAUGUACAUCUUUUGGAUCACCAAGUUCUGGAACUUCACGACUGUUUGACUCCUUGCCUGAAAGAAAAGAAAUUGAUAAAAACAAAUAGUUGUAAAAGACAUUUCUGUUGAGCUAUUUAUUUUAGUAGUUAACCAACUUCUAAAAUAAUUUCAACAACUAUCAAAAUAAAGAUGGUGGUGGGACAAAACAAAAAAAAAAAUAUCAUUAUGAUUUAGUUAUAUCUUCUUUGAUAUUAGAAAUUAAUCUUCUGUUAUAAUUCAUACAUAUAUACAUACAAACACACACAUAUAAAUAUAAUAUAUGCUACAGUGUUAAGACUGAGAAUUAAUGCUAUGUAUGAACCUCUGUUAAUGUCGUCAUGUUAAUGGUUUUGUUCUUGAAAACACCAAUAACCAUUUGUUAUUCAUUGUCUCAUUUUUUUAAUCAAUGGAGCCUUGAAGACAAUAUAAUCUUAUUUUCGUUUUUCUUUUUUUUUUUAUUAAGAAUUGUUGAAACGCUGCUUUUUGUUUUGUUUUUUUCAGUAUGUGUAUUUUGUGUUCUUUUUUGUGAAAAGUAUUAAACCAAGUUAAAGUCAAGUUUGGACUGUUCUUUGUGUGUAUGCAAUGUGCAUAUAUAUAUAUAUAUAUAUAUAUAUAUAUAUAGACACACACUCAUAUAUACAAUUUUAGUUGUAAAUCACAUAAGAUUUUGCCUGUGGCCUGUCAUGGGUUUUCUUAAUUGUACAAUAAGUUAAUCAUUAAAAUAAACUUCACUUUUCUUUGGUU